AUGGGGAAACGAGACUUCACAUUGCUGCACGAAGGAUAUGAUAUUGAUCGGCGAGAUUAUGGUGGCUGGACACCAAUUAGCGAAGCAGUAUCUGCAGGAAUGCGCGAAAAUGUGCGGGCGUUGCUGAAGGCUGGUGCUAAAGUCGACCCAGUCAGUAAGGAAGCAUUAAAUGAUGAUGAGAAUUCGACUGGAGGUGGAAUAACACCAUUGAUGGAAGCUUGUGAUAAGGGAUUUAUAGACAUUGCAAAAGACCUGCUAAGACACGGAGCUUCGGUGACUAAAAGAAAUGCUGAUGGAUGGACAGCGGUUGACUUCCUCAGAAACUGUAUUGUUUCGAUCAGCAAUGAGGACGACAAGAACUAUGUUGAGGACCUGACCUCUUUGGCGCGGACUAUGGAGGACAUGCAGCGAAAGCAAUCAUUCCCCGUCCGAGGCUGCGCUCCUCAACCAAAUCCGAGGUCAAAACCGUUUAUGAAAUUUCCUCGGAAUAACCUUCAUGAACAAGCAGAAAGCGAUGGACUGAACUCUUAUAAACGUGCAAUCGGAGGUUUGGGUGCUCAGUCGAAAAGUAAGAAAAAGACAUCUCACCGGACUGAUGAGAGGGCUCUCUUUUACGAAGAUGACUUGAUGAUCCGUAGCCCCUCUCCUGACGACAUCAUUCUUCCCAGUGACUGUGAGAGAAGCCCAGUUAAGAGACGAGACGAGCAAAUAGAUGUAUCGCCCAUGUGUACCUCUCCACUACCCUCGUCAACUUCUGCCUCACCAAGUUUAAAUCUAGCAAGCAGGAGUUGUUUCGAUCCGCUACCUAUCGAUGAUGAGUUUGUGAUCGACGAUAUGGCAAAACGACGUAAACGAAAAAUUCGUGUUUCUUCAGAAACAUCUCCUUUGAGUAAAACAAGGGGAUCGAAACUGAGCAGGAUAGCGACGCAGCCUGCUUGUGUCUCUAAAACGAUGAAUAGAUCUCCUUCACCCAAAAAAGCUUUAACGAGCUCCCAGUCAGGUUCGUCACUUUUGCGGGAUUCUUCGUUGAACAGCACCCCUUCAGCAUCUACACAAGCGCCAAUGAUCAUAGCUACACUGAAGUUUGAGAAUGAAGAUGGAGAUAGAUUCCGACCCGAUAGAAUGGUGACCUUCCCUAGGUCUGCAACAAUGGCAGAAGCCGAGGAGCGUUUUCGUUCUGAACUUGAUCAAUCUCUCCAAACCAGAAAGUUUAGCAUGCGUCUUGGUGACGGAAGGGAAGCUGAUGCAGCAAUCCCUCUUCUUUCCCUUGGAGAGCCUCUGGUUAUUAUCUCUAGACUACAGAAACCGACAACUGAGGAUCUAUACAAGAGCAGAGUAGGCACAACUAAGGAGGAAGUGAGCAGGCGUUUGAGUGGAUUCGACUCAACUGGUAAUCUCGAUCUUUCCUCGUCAGAAAUUGGGGAUAAGUAUUUGACAGAGCAAGCAUUAAAAGCCGCUAUUGACGCUAAAAGGAUGGUCACCAGCCUCUGUUUAGACGGUUGUGACUUAACCGAUGCUAUUCUUUCAUUGCUUGGUGUUAUCUUGAGUAACGUCACGAAGUUCAGCUGUAAAUACUCGGGACUUGGCGAUGAUCACCUUUGCACGCUCUGUUCGAAAUCUUCACUCCUAAAUCUUUCUUCACUUGAUAUUUCGCACAACGAGGUCAUUUCUGGCUCCAGUUUAAAUAAGUUUCUGGAAAGAUGCAACCAAAUUUCCGAACUGUAUAUCUGCGAUUUGGAUAUAGGAGUUGGAGAGGACGCUCUAGUAAACGCUAUAUCAGGACUUCAAAAUCUUCGAAUACUGGAUAUUUCCUUCAACUGCUGGUUCAAAGGAAAACAUAUAGAAAAAAUUGUUUCCUCAUGCGACAGUCUGACUAGUUUGAUUUUGGAUGGUUCCGAUUUGACCGAACUUCCUUUUGAGGUAAGCCAAUAUACACCUUAUCGUGAUUUAAUGUUAAGGCAUUUUGUGCGUUCUUCAAUCUUAAAAUCAGAUGCUUGCGCGGGAUUGCCUCUUAAUAGUAUAGGCAAACAUCCUAAUAAUCUCCAAGACUUUCAAUAAAA